GACUGCCUCUUCCCUUCAGUACGACCACCAGGCCUUCCCCGGCCGCUUCGCUUCCUCCCACCGGGUUUUCGGGAGACACCGCUCUUCUUGGUACAGUUGCUGCAUCUGGUCGGGACUGCUCGCGUGAUCAUGGCUCAGGAAAGCUAAUCUGUACCCGAUCCAGUACCAUUAACUCUAGAACUUUAUCCCCCGUUAAUAAGUCGGCUCGCAGUCCCAUCGUUUUAUUCCUCGUCGCCGACAAUAGAGCUAGAUCAUCAUGGAUACUUCCGAGCUUCGACAACGGAAGUAUGAUUCCCAACUCAAUCACACCACCGCUUCAAAGGAACAGCUCCCAAAUCACGAUGCGGAGCCUCGUUUGAAACAUGGCAUCGCAAUGCAACUUCUCCGCUCCCUACUCCUGGCAACAUGGUUUAACUGUUGCUGCGUUGCCAUCUUAGCGACCCAGGUCAUCGGCUCUCCGCUAUACGUGAUUAACAAAGACUGGUACUACUCGUACAUGGCAUACACGAAGCAGUCCUUCGGCCUGGUCAUCACGGCUCUCACUCAGUGGGGUUGCCCGACCUUUGUACGAGUCAGUGGGGACAAGAGCGUACGGGGCCAGAUCCACAUCGCAGAGGAUGGACGCCUGAAGACACAAUUCCCGGAGCGGCUAGUGUUAAUCGCCAACCAUCAGGUGUAUACAGAUUGGAUCUAUCUGUGGUGGGUGGCAUAUACGAAUGCGAUGCACGGCCGCAUCUUUAUCAUCCUGAAGGAAUCUCUCAAGUAUAUUCCUAUUAUCGGCCAAGGAAUGACCUUUUACGGCUUUAUCUUCAUGGCUCGCAAAUGGCUGUCCGACAAACCACGUCUGCAACAUCGCUUGGAGAAGCUGAAGACCCAACACACGGGUUCUCAGUCCGGGUCACCGCAAUAUGACCCCAUGUGGCUAUUGAUCUUCCCCGAGGGGACGAACCUCUCUAUCAACACCAGGCGACGGAGCGCAGAGUAUGCAAAGAAACAGGGACUGUCUACAUUGAAACAUGAGAUUAUUCCCCGUUCCACCGGUCUGUUUUUCUGUUUACAGCAGCUGCGAGGGACUGUGGAAUGGGUCUAUGACUGCACCGUAGCUUACGAGGGACCUCCAAAGGGCAGCCUUCCUGACAAAUACUUUACUCUUCGGUCUACUUAUCUGCAAGGGCGGCCGCCGACCUCUGUCAACAUGCACUGGAGACGGUUUGCAGUGUCCGAGAUUCCUUUGGAUGAUCAGCAAGAGUUUGACGCGUGGCUCCGAGAACUCUGGACUGAGAAAGACCAACUGCUUGAGGAGUAUUAUGAGACGGGGAGAUUCCCGUCCGAACUGGCCGGCUCCAUCGAUGUCGGCCAUGGACCCGAGGAGCGGAGAACUGCCGCGGCUGCAGGGUAUGCUGAGACGCAUGUGCGGUUGGGGCACUGGGCCGAGGUUGGACGGAUCUUCAUGGUGCUGGUGAGCGCUGUGUUCCUCUGCAAACUGCCUAAGCUGUUGGGCUCCUUUCACCUCCGAUCAGUCGCAUCUUCCCCCUCCGUCCCCAUCUCCAUUACAUUGCUCAAAGCACUACCCGCGCAAGCCAUGGCGUCUCUCCAGAAUGGUCACGCCAAUGGCACGAAUGGCGAUUCUCUUUCGGCCGCCAACCCAGUGCCCAAUCUUCGUUUUUCUGACAUUCCCUCCGCCAUCGACAUUCCCGCGUCCACCCUCGACAGUGAAGUCGAGGUUAGCCUGGAGAUUCUCCCGGAUGAUCCUACCGAACUCUGUACGCUACUCGAGAACGAGAAAGCGGCCAAGAAUUUCUGGGUCACAAUUGCACUGGCGUAUGCCAAGCAGAAACAACUGGAUCAUGCCAUCGACAUCCUAAACAAAGGCCUCGCCUCGGUCGCCCAUGGAGCCACCAAGGAGAAACUCGGCCUGCUGGGAUGGGUCUGCUGGCUGUUGAUGCUUAAGAGCAGACAGGCCCCCCGCGUCGCAUCCGAGGGAGAAUUGUACACCGAGGCCAAGACGAAGGACCACUAUCUCCAACUCGCGACUUCGACCCUGAACGAGGCUUCGCGACUGAACCCGGCCUUUCCCCCUCUGUUCCUUGCGCGAGGUGUCCUGUCGCUGCUGCGCGCUUCGCUGCACCCACCACGCCCUGUACGUCCCGGCACGGUUGAUACAUCCGAGAGGGUGGAGUCGCUGCGGCAGGCCCUCAAGUGUUUCGAUGAGUCGUCCAAGGCUUUCGGUGGUCGGAAUGUGAUGGCUAUUCUUGGCCGCGCGAGGACGCAAUACCUGCUUGGACGAUAUGGCGAGGCCCUAGAAGGCUACCAGAAAGUAUUGAUGAAGAUGCCCGGCUUGACAGACCCCGACCCGCGCAUCGGUAUCGGCAGUUGCCUGUGGCAGCUGGGCUUCAAGGAACAGGCAAAGGCUGCUUGGGAGCGGUCUUUGGCAUUGAACCCCGACUCGAAGGUUGCCAACAUCCUCCUUGCAGUAUACUAUCUCUACGACAGUUCACGACACGCCACGACGGACCCCGCCUUCGGUUCGUUGUACAAGGUGGCAAUGACCCAGUACACACAGAAGGCAUUUAAACUGGACAAGGAAUACCCUAUGACAUGUUCUUUGUUCGGCAGCUACUUCCUCCUCAGGAAGUCCUACGCCACGGUCGAGACACUGGCCCGCAAGGCCAUCGAACACACCGAUGUGAUGCAGAUUGCUAGCGAUGGCUGGUAUCUGCUUGGCCGAAAAUCCCAUUACGAAGGCGACCUGACACGUGCUGCAGAGUACUACAACCGCUCCGACCAGGCUCGUGGCGGUGGUGAGAAAGGAUACCUCCCCGCCAAGUUUGGCACAGUGCAGAUGCAAGUGUCCAGUAAAGAUUAUGACGGAGCCAAAUUCCGGCUCGAGAAGAUCAUCCAGCAGACAAAGAACGCCGAAUGCAUGGUGCUUCUCGGCGCGCUCCAUGCGGAGGAGGUCUUCGCGGCCCAGGCGAGUGGCAGUAAGGAAGAUAAGUCGGCCGAAACGAAGAAGGCCAUCAACCUUUUGGAGUCUGUUCGCGCUCUUUGGAAGGAUGAGAGCAAAAAGAUCUCCCCCGACGAGUCGGUUUUGGUGUACCUAGCACGGCUGUACGAGCAGACGGCGCCUGAGAAGAGCAUGCAGUGCCUCACUCAGCUGGAAGAGAUGCAGCUGGCAGAAGUCGCUGAGGAGGAGCGCCCUGAAGGCCUCGAGGAUGAAGAGCAAGUCAAGGAGGCUCUCCGCGUCCACCUUCCCCCGCAGCUUCUCAACAACAUGGGGUGCUUCCUGUACCAGGCCGAGAAGAUCGACCGAGCCCGGGCCAUGUUCCAGACGGCGCUAGAUGCCUGCGUUCGAUCGCAGGAGAAAGAGAGCGAGCUGGACACCGAUGCGCUGGUUACCACCAUCAGCUUCAACCUGGGCCGGACGUACGAGGCAGCCGACAUGCCAGAGGAGGCCAAGAAGGUGUACCAAGGUCUUUUGGAACGCCAUUCCGACUACACGGAAGCCAACGCGCGGUUGACGUACAUUGCCCUUCGCCAGAGCCCUACCGAUGAAGGUCCUAAGAAGAUGGCCAAGCUCUACGAGGCUGACUCGACCAACCUCGAAGUCCGCGCCCUGUUUGGCUGGUAUCUGAGCAAGUCGAAGAAACGUGCGGCCAAUCUGGCAGAGGAUCACGAGCAGCGACACUAUAAACAUACCCUGCAAUAUUACGACAAGCAUGAUCGGUACUCGCUAACCGGCAUGGGUAACAUCCACCUGGCGACGGCGCGCGACAUGCGGCGCGAUACCGAUCAGGACAAAGAGAAGCGUCGCAAGAUGUACGAGCGGGCCGUGGAAUUCUUUGACAAGGCGCUUCAGCUGGACCCCCGCAACGCCUACGCGGCGCAAGGCAUCGCCAUCGCGCUGGUGGAUGACAAGAAAGACCACGCCUCAGCGGUACACAUCUUCUCCAAGGUCCGGGAUACGUUACGAGAUGCAAGUGUCUACCUGAACCUGGGUCAUGUCUACGCGGAGCUGCGGCAAUACACCCGCUCGAUCGAGCACUACGAGGCUGCACUGUCGAAAGACCGUGCUCGCGAUGCGCAGAUCCUGGCCUGUUUGGGUCGAGUCUGGCUGGCCAAGGGCAAGCAGGAGAUGAACCUGCAGGCGAUGAAGACCGCCCUGGACUACGCGCAGCGCGCCCACGCGGUUGCCCCCGGCCAAACCCAUCUCGAGUUCAACGUUGCCUUCGUGCAGAACCAGAUCGCCUCGCUCACGUACGGUCUCCAGGAAACGCAAAAGACCGUGCAGGACGUGCAGGAAGCGGCAGAGGGUCUUCACCAAGCCGUGGAGACGUUUAACCGGGUUGCCCAAGCGAAGAACCCGCCCUACCCGGCUAGCGCGUUGGAGCAGCGCGCAAACAUGGGCCGAACGAUCAUCAAGCAACUCGAGCGUGCCCUACAAAGCCAAAAGGACUACGAGGAGAAGAACGCCGCCAAGCUACAGCAGGCCCGGGAGGCCCGUGAAGCGGAGAUGCGACGACGAGAGGAAGAGGUCCGCAAGGCACAAGAAGCCGAACGGGAGCGGAAGCAGCGCGUGGCUGAAGAGCCGGAGCAGCGGGCAGAAGAGGAACGCGCGCGCGAGGACGCGGAAAUGACGACGGAGUCGGAGACGGGCACCAAGGUCAAACGCAAGAAGAAGACGUCGUCGAAGCGCAAGAAGAAGCGCAACGAGGAUGACUUCAUCAACGACGGUGGCGACUCCCCCGGGCGGGACAGGAGCACGGAGCCGGACAGCGACGGCGAGACGGCCCCAAAGAAGCGGCGACGCCUGGAGCGUCGGUCGGGCGGCAAGGCACAGAGCAAGUACAAGAGCAGCGAAAUGGUGGUGGAUUCGGAUGAAGACGACGCCGGGGACAGAUCCGAUGGCGAGGACCAUGAGAUGCGCGAUACUGGGGCGGACGAUGACGAGGAAGAGGAGGUGGUGCACCGGCGUCGGGCGAAGGUGACCCGGCGGGUGGCUGAUGACGACGAGGACGAGGACGAGGACGAGGCCGUGGCUGGAGGGGGCGCAGGAUCAGGCGACGGGGCGACGGGGGCCGGGGGCGAGAAUGAGCCCGUGGAUGGGGGCGACGAGGAUGAGGAUGAUGGGCUGUUCAAUGAUGAUGGUGAAGAUGCGGAGAUGAAGGACGACGAGGAAUGA